GCUUGGGCCUCGGAGAAGACGAGCGGCUGUGAUCUCGGAGCCAUCUUCUGCCUGCCCUCUUUCUUUUCGACUGUUGCCCACGAUGAAGAAAAACCUACGGAAAAACCAGGACGAGCGUUACCGCCUAAAGUUUCAGCGCCUUUGCCGUGUGGCCAAGGUGCUGGUUUACGAGAACGCAGCCUUGUGCGAUGAGAUUGCCCGGCUGGAGGCCAAAUACCUGCAGAUACGUGAGGAGCGCCGUUUCCUGCUUACUCGCCUCUUGCAGGCACAAGCCGUGGCUGAGGAUGAAUCUCCCAUGCCAGCUGUGGCAGCCGGCCUGCAGCCUUCCUCGGAUGAGCCGCCUACUCGCAAAAUACGCCGGGAACGCAAAGGCAAAGAGAAUGGCCGAGCGUCCAAACGCAGGGCACCUCUGGAGCUGGGCAUACGCAAGCUGGUCCCCCCAAUUCCUUUGGAUCCUGCCGGACGGCCAAUUUUUCCUAUUACUUUAGGUUCACUGACUGUCUACAGUCUGGGUGAUAUCAUCUCUGACCGUCCUGGUUUCCACACUGAGAAUGCCAUCUACCCUGUGGGGUAUUGCAGUACCAGAGUUUUUGCCAGCACCCGCAGGCCAACUCACCGCUGUCUCUACACGUGCCAGAUCAAGGAUGGGGGCACUGGGCCUCGCUUUGAAAUGGCCCCUGAAGACGAACUGGGGGUAGCAAUAUCAGGAUCCACUCCGGAUGCCUGUCAUAGUCAGCUGUUGGAAGCAGUGGGUGCUGGCCAGCUUGAGCCAGCAGGGGCUGAAUUUUUUGGGUUGUCACACCCCGCAAUCCAACACCUUAUCCAGAGCUGCCCAGGGGCACACAAGUGUGCUGGGUACCGCUGGUGCCGCUUUGAGGUCUGCCGCUCGAAUGAUGGACCCCCUCCUGAGGGGCUGUCUCCGAGGAAUCCGGGCACUGAUUUUGAGGCCUUCCAGAGUCAAGGAUUGGCUGGGCCUCUGAAUCUGGAUUUCCCUGCGGCUUCUCCUUCUCCACCCAGCGGAAAUGGCUACACUGAACUUUUCCUGCCUUGUGCUACUUCGGCUGGGUCCCCCCUCCCUCCAAGUCCAGAAACUGACCCCGAUUGAGAACAGCCAGAGGGCAGCUUUCCAGGUGCACCACUCUUUCGUUCUAGCUGUGGGGAGUAUUGCCUGAUGUCACUAAAAUGGGCUUGAUUGAAAUUUUCAGGGGCUUUUUUCUUUACCUUUAGGUUUACAGCAGCUCCAAGCACCCGCUUUAUCUCUUAAGCCUUCCAUAGGAACAGUAAGAAUAGAAGUAAUUUAAAAACUACAUUAGCAGGAAUCAGGGCUUUUAAAGGGGGUUAUGGAAUUUUAAAAUUCCGAGGUUCACAAACUUUUGGAACCUCAAACUCCCCCCCCCCCCCAAAAAAAAAGAGAUGAGAUUGCUUAGUUUUGCAAAAUCAUUGAUAAUGUGGCUUUAUUUUAGAGGUGGACACUCUCAUUUCCAUUUAUUCUGGAGCAAUAUUUGUUCUGUACAACAGGAACAGCUACAGAAGAUCUUGUCAUUAGCUCAUCCAAAGUGGGAACCAGUUUGGAGAACACUCCAGCUUCUUGUACAGAAAUUCAUGUGCUUUAAAGCCUUUUUAAACCACACUCCCGCUCUGCCUAGAUAAACAAGCUGUUGGCUUAUCCAGUUGGACCUGGAGCAAGGACACAUGCAUAAGCUCCCUUCCGAAUUUGCUACCCUCUACAGCAGGGGUGGGAAGGUAUGUCCCCUUUAUGACCUAUGUUCCUCUUUAUGACCUAUGGCUCAGGAAUUCUGGGAGUUGACGUCCACAAGUCAUAAAGGGGCCAUAGUUGCUCACUUCUGCUCUACAAAUAAUCCUCACUUAAAAACCCGAAUUGGGACCGGAAUUUCCAUUGCUAAGUGAUGUGGCUGUUGGGAAAAACUUCACAUGACCAUAUUUACCAUUGGAAUUUUUGAUAGUCCUAGUUGCAUGUCAUUAAGUGAGGACUGCACUUUUCCUGCCUUACUGUCCACUUCAGCUCAGCCCAGCCAGCCAUCUCACCCCAAUCACUGCCUUUCUAGCCACCCUACACUCCAUUGUUUGUCCCUGCUGCCCCAGCUGACCACUGUCUUCCUCCCAUUGCCAGUGACGGCUGCUUCACAUGACAGCUGUUGAGAGAGCACAGGGAGAAGAGAAGCAGAGAAAAGCUGAAAGGGCAGAGAUUGGAGAUAGGUGGAUGGGGGAAAGUGUGCCCCAAGGACAUAAAUGCAGCUGGGCUGGCAAAUAAUUUUGAUCAUGUGAAUGCAGGGGUGCAGGAGUGGCCAUAACUUCAAGGGCCAGGCAUAAGUCUCAUUCAUUCAACAUCCUUUAAACUGCCACUGAAUGAUUGUUAAUUGAGGACUACUGGUAAUAUUUGUUUGUGACUCUGCAGGGAGUUACAGUUCAGUCUGAGAAUCCUAUCGUAAGCCAAUACAUCCGGUGAUAUAAAUUAUAACAUCUGAAGUCAG